GGUUAUUUGCUUCCUGCUUCAGCGCGAUGUUGAAUGUCACUCUGCGGACAUUUUGCUGAAAACGAAGAGAAAUUGUUAAAUUGGAACCCUCUGCAGGGAUUAACCAAACAGUAGCCAGUCCGAGCUUCGACUCCAGCCAGUCAUGUCGUUUCCCACGCGAGAGGAACGCGCUAAGUGUUGGGGCGCCCGGGACCAGUACUGGGACUGCCUCGAUAAGAAUUCCAGUGCAGCUAAAGACCAAAAGGACAAGAACAACGUCUGUGCCGGUUUCCGUAAAGUGUACGAGGAAUCGUGCUCCGCGCAGUGGGUGAAACAUUUCGACAGGAAGAGGAACUAUCUUAUUUUUAAGGAAAAGAUUGAGAAAGAAGGGUAUGAGCCGUUAGAUUCUGCGAAGUAGUUUGCCAGGGGGAUGUUUGUUGUAGAUGUUAAAGAGUGAAUGUUGAAUUAUUUGAAAAAUGUGUUUAGUUGUUGCUGUAGAGAUAAUAUAUUUAUAAUUUCUUUGAUGUUUUGAUUUUAAAGCGCCUUUAUAUGAUUCUGAAACUAUUUUUUUUGUGUCAUUUUUAUCCAGACUGAGGCAAAUAUGCGUAUUCAAACUUGAAGUACUUAUAUGUUCAUAAAUAUGCACAACUUUUGUUAAUAAUAUACAAACAAAUUCAGCAUGUAGGGUAAAACACCCAGUAGUCAGCCUUUUAGUGAGAAUCUUAAUUUGUUUCAAUUGCAUAUAA